AUGACUCGCGUUCUACUGACUGGUGGCAGCGGCUUCAUCGCUACCCAUGUCCUCGAUACUCUCUUGAAGCGCGGCCACUCUGUCGUCACCACCGUCCGCUCCCAAGCCAAGAUUGACGAGAUCAAAGCAACAUACCCAGACCUUAGCAAGGAUAGGCUCGACUUUGCCAUUGUCAAGGAUAUUGCCGUGGAAGGCGCUUUUGAGCAAGCCGUUCAAUCCGAUCCCCCUUUCGAAGCUGUCAUCCACACCGCCAGCCCAUUCCAUUACAAUGUCACAGACAUUCAAAAGGAGCUGUUGGAUCCCGCCGUGGUUGGUACAGCCGGAAUCCUGAAGUCCGUCAAGAAAUACGCACCGACGGUCAAGAGAGUCGUCAUCACCUCCUCCUUCGCUUCUAUUGUCGAUCCUUCUAAGGGUAAUUGGCCUGAGCACACCUACUCCGAGGCCGACUGGAAUCCUAUGACGCAGGAGCAAGCGGUGCUCAAUCCCUACUUCGGAUAUACAGCCAGCAAGCUAUUUGCCGAACGCGCAGCAUGGGACUUUGUAGACAAGGAAGCUCCGAACUUCACCAUCGCAACUCUGGCGCCCCCUCUGGUGUUUGGGCCGAUCAAGCACAAACUCGCUAGCCUUGAUACUCUCAACACGUCGAAUCAGCUCAUUGGCAUGUUUGUCCAGGGAAAAUGCAAGGCUGGGAUUCCUCCGUCACCUGCUUUCAUCUGGACAGAUGUUCGAGAUCUUGCUCUUGGUCAUGUUCUAGCUAUGGAAAAGCCCGAGGCUGGGGGUAAGCGCUUCUUCUUCGUGUCGGGCUUUUUCUCGAACCGGGAAACAGCAGCAGUUAUGCACAAGAAUUUCCCAGAGUACAAGGAUGUCCUUCCGGAUCCGGACGACAAGGGUGGCGAUUACCCAGAGGGGGGCAUAUUCAAGGUCGACAAUAGCCAGGUCAAAAAUAUUUUGGGCAUUGACUUUAUCCCCUUUGAGAAGUGUGUUGUAGACACAGUGAAGUCGCUGAAGACCAUUUGA